AUGGUUAAGGUAUUAAAACAAUUCUUGAUCCUGUUUGCCGUAUUGGCCCUAUUUGUUUCUCUCAGCGUUUCUUUUAAAAUUUUUACAGCCCCACCUACAAGAUGUGGCCCAAAUGAACAAUUUACCACAUGCGGUUCGGCAUGUCCUGUGAGAUGUGGCAGACGUCAACCGGAUGUAUGUACCCUACAGUGUAUUGUCGGUUGCCAGUGUAAGGGUGGCUAUGCUCGUAACGAUAAUGGGGAUUUCCCCUUCUCCCAAGUAUGUGGUCCAAAUUCCCAAUUUCAUUCAUGUGGCAGUGGCUGCCCGCUGAUAUGUGGUCAACCACGUCCUCAAGUUUGUACAGCCCAGUGUAUUGCCGGUUGCCAGUGUAAACCGGGUUAUGCUCGUAAUGACAAGGGUGAUUCUCCUCCCACCCAGGAGUGUGGUGAAAAUCAAGAAUUCACCACCUGCGGCACAGCCUGCCCCUUGUCGUGCGCCAAACAAUCGCCCGGCAUUUGUACCCUGCAAUGCGUCAUCGGUUGCCAGUGUAAAGAGGGUUAUGUCUUAAAUGACAAGGGUGCCUGUGUCCAAACAAAGGAUUGUUAA